CAUAUAUAUAACUCAACCAAUACUCAAUAAUUGUGAAAAUAGACACAAAGAAAAAGAUGGCAGAAAAUUUAUUGACCCAAGUCCAAAUACCUCAACAGAAGCACUACAAUGGAGUUCCUUUCCCUGCUGUUUUAUCUCCGAACCCAAACUCUACUAUCUCACAACUAUCACAAAUAAUCAAAGAGCAAAAACCAUGGCUUAGUUCUCUACUCAAUCAAUCUGGGGCUAUUCUUUUCAGGGGAUUUUCUGUAAACUCGGCAUCAGAUUUUAAUGAUGUUGUUGAGGCUUUUGGCUACGAGGAACUGCCGUAUGUGGGUGGUGCUGCUCCUCGUACCAACGUUGUUGGUCGUGUCUUCACCGCUAAUGAGUCCCCACCUGAUCAAAAAAUUCCCUUUCAUCAUGAAAUGGCUCAGGUUCCCGAGUAUCCAUCAAAAUUGUUUUUCUUUUGUGAUAUUGAACCUGGAAGUGGAGGAGAAACUCCAAUAGUGCUCAGUCAUGUUGUAUAUGAGAAGAUGAAAAGCAAGUAUCCUGAUUUUGUUGAGCGAUUGGAAGAGCAUGGCUUAAUUUAUAUAAGAGUAUUAGGAGAAGAUGAUGAUCCUUCUUCCCCGAUUGGCCGAGGCUGGAAGUCGACCUUUCUAACUAAAGACAAAAGCGUGGCUGAAGAAAGGGCUGCAAAGUUGGGCAUGAAGCUAGAAUGGAUAGAGGAUGGAGUUAAAACCGUAAUGGGCCCUAUACCAGGCAUCAAAUUCAACCAAGUAAGGCAACAGAAAAUAUGGUUCAAUAGCAUGGUAGCUGCAUAUACCGGAUGGAAAGAUACUAGAAAUGAUCCAGUGAAAGCAGUCACUUUUGGAGAUGGUCAGCCUUUGCCUGCUGAAGUUAUACAUGAUUGCUUAAGAAUCCUUGAGGAUGAAAGUGUUGCAGUUCCAUGGAAGAAAGGCGACGUCUUACUGAUUGAUAAUUUGGCUGUUCUUCACUCCAGGAAACCUUUUAAUCCACCUCGUCGCAUAUUAGCUUCACUUUGCAAGUAAAAGCAAACCAAUAUGAUAUAGGGAUUAAAUUCCCCGUCUGAAGUUUGUUAUAGUCUUUCUUUUAUUUCGUCCUUCAUAUGGCUAUAUUUGAAGAACUUUGUAUUUUCUGUCUCUGAUAUUAACAUGUUAUGGUGAACUUUUAUACUUUCCUUCGUAAGAAUUUUUGUCAGUUUGACUCAA